AUGUCUCAGAUAGACACUCAGAUCUCUACGGCUGCCGUCAUCGGCUGGCAAAGUCUAGAGAACCAAAACUUCCUCGCUGAUCCGGAUCCGCAGCAAAGUACUUUGACAUUUAAGACACGAUUCGAGAAGCCUUUCUUCAUCUUUGAGAUCUGGAUUCCUGUAUAUAUAAAGAUAAUCGAAAGGAGAAUAUUGAAGAACACUUUCCUUAUUUUGAGCAUACAGCUAUCAACCAUCGAGACAUUUUCCCUUCAAGUCUUGUCGACAAUCCCUGAACCAGUUGAAAGGAAGCUCAACUCUCCCGUCCUUCGUCUUGAUUUCAGGCUGAGUGAUAACAUUACUACCCUCAUUCCCCUCUACGCCAGGGAACAACCCAAGCAGGGUCGCACGCACUCUGGCGUCGUUCUCGACAGCGUUCUUGAAAUAUCACAAGCAACAUCUAUCUCCGUUUAUAUCAACCACAGUGCUUCGUAUGAAGCUCAGCUGAAUUCUAUCCGAAAUUCCCUAAAUGAGGGUUAUUACCAAUCUAUUCCCAAGACCCAACCUGAUCUGCAAAGACUAUAUCAAGGUCAAGGCGCCAAAAUUGCUCACUUGCAUACCCAGCCAAAAGAGGCAUCUGCCACUGAGCCUGACCAGCUACCAUCUUAUCAUGAUACGCAAUUACCAAGUUCAGGCAGACUCAUACAACUAAAGAAGCGACCUCGGGUAGAGGACGAUGAGUACAAAGACAACAUGAUCUCAUCAUUGAUUGAAGCCGUCAAAGCCAUGCAAGAAAAGGUUUCUUUCUUAGAAAUCCAGCAGAACACCUAG